CUUUCAUUCACUCAAAGCUAAAGGACAGAGACAGCCACGCUGGGGUGUAAGGAAAGAGAGACAGCCACGCUGGGGUGUAAGGAAAGAGAGACAGCCACGCUGGGGUAUAAGGAGAGAGAGACAGCCAUGCUGGGGUGUAAGGAAAGAGAGACAGCCACGCUGGGGUAUAAGGAGAGAGAGACAGCCAUGCUGGGGUGUAAGGAGAGAGAGACAGCCAUGCUGGGGUGUAAGGAGAGAGAGACAGCCACGCUGGGGUAUAAGGAGAGAGAGACAGCCAUGCUGGGGUGUAAGGAGAGAGAGAAAGCCACGCUGGGUAUAAGGAGAGAGAGAGACAGCCAAGCUGGGGAGUAAGGAGAGUAGCAGACACACUGGGGUGUAAGGAGAGAGAGCGAGACAGCCAAACUGGGGUGUAAGGAGAGAGAGACAUCCAUGCUGGGGUGUAAGGAGAGAGAGACAGCCACGCUGGGGUAUAAGGAGAGAGAGACAGCCAUGCUGGGGUGUAAGGAGAGAGAGACAGCCACGCUGGGGUAUAAGGAGAGAGAGACAGCCAUGCUGGGGUGUAAGGAGAGAGAGAAAGCCAUGCUGGGCUAUAAGGAGAGAGAGAGACAGCCAAGCUGGGGAGUAAGGAGAGUAGCAGACACACUGGGGUGUAAGGAGAGAGAGCGAGACAGCCAAACUGGGGUGUAAGGAGAGAGAGACAUCCAUGCUGGGGUGUAAGGAGAGAGAGACGGCCACGCUGGGGUGUGAGGAGAGAGAGAGAGACAGCCAAACUGGGGUGUAAGGAGAGAGAAACAGACACGCUGGGGUGUAAGGAGAGAGAGACAGCCAAGUUGGGGUGUAAGGAGAGAGAGACAUCCAUGCUUUUGUGUAAGGAGAGAGAGACAGCCAUGCUGGGGUGUAAGGAAAGAGAGACGGCCACGCUGGGGUGUAAGGAAAGAGAGACGGCCACGCUGGGGUGUAAGGAAAGAGAGACGGCCACGCUGGGGUGUAAGGAGAGAGACGGCCACGCUAGGGUGUAAGGAGAGAGAGACGGCCACGCUGGUGUGAGGAGAGAGAGACGGCCACGCUGGGGUGUAAGGAGAGAGAGAUGGCCACCCUGGAGUGUAAGGAGAGAGAGACGGUUACGCUGAAGUGUAAGGAGAGAGAGACGGUUACGCUGAGGUGUGAGGAGAGAGAGACGGCCACGCUGGAGUGUAAGGAGAGAGAGAUGGUUAUGCUGAGGUGUAAGGAGAGAGAGAGAGACGGCCGCGCUGGGGUGUAAGGAGAGAAAGAGACGGCCGCGCUGGGGUGUAAGGAGAGAGAGAGACGGCCGCGCUGGGGUGUAAGGAGAGAGAGAGACAGCCGCGCUGGGGUGUAAGGAGAGAGAGAGACAGCCGCGCUGGGGUGUAAGGAGAGAGGCAGAGAGACGCUGGGGUGUGCUGGAGAGAGAGAGAGAGACGGCCGAGCUGGGGUGUAAGGAGAGAGAGAGACGGCCGCGCUGGGGUGUAAGGAGAGAGAGACACGGCCGCGCUGGGGUGUAAGGAGAGAGAGAGACAACCACUGACAGAGAGGGACAGCUACAUCGUGGUGUAAAGAUAGAGAAAGCCACUGUGGGGAGUAAGGGCAGAGAGACAAUCAAGCCAAGUUGUAAAGGAAAAGAGACAGCCGGGUAUUAUAAGGACAGAGAGACAGACACAGUAACAUAUAAAGAGACAGAGAGAGCCACGCUGGGAUAUAAGGACAGAGAGAAUGUCACAUACAGGAUGCUGGGGGAGAGUGUCAGAGUCACGUGUCUGCGUGUUACCUGUUAUACCUGCUGUAGGCUGUACGGCUCUGUUAAAUGGCUCGAGACAGUUAAUCGAGAGUCAGACAGAGGGUUAUCACUAAACUCAGAAUUUCAAGUCUCAGGCCAAAGUAGCCGAGCUGUCUCUAUUUCUAGUUUGUCUAUUUUGACCUUAAAUUUGAUUCCCCUGUGAACUCACUUUGGUAAAUUAGUCAGUGAAAUUCAGCUGAAUCUCAUGGGAUCAGGAAGGAAUUCACUCAAUUUCUGCCCUAUGACUAGGCUGUCAGCUUUGACAGAUUCCUUAUUGUCCCUGCAGAACCUGAGAUCUUGUUUGAAGCUGGUCGGUCUGUAAUGUAUCUAUUUACUGUAACUUUCUAUCACUUUAACCUUCUGUUACAGGUCAGCAUGGGGUCUGUUUGGCAGUCGGUGCAGGAUUUCUACACGUGGGCUUUGGAAAAUGGAGGUAAAAAUUGUCACUAUAACAACAACACAGCCUUCCCUAGGAGGGUGACUACCUAGACUUCCAUCAGGUCCACUGCAGGGUGACAAAGAAAGAAGGAGCUAUGGGACACGGAGUCUGUCUCUCCCACUGCAGGGUGACAAAGAAAGAAGGGGCUAUGGGACACGGAGUCUGUCCCUCCCACUGCAGGGUGACACAGACAGAAGGAGCUAUUUGACACGGAGUCUGUCCCUCCCACUGCAGGGUGACACAGACAGAAGGAGCUAUGGGACACGGAGUCUGUCUCUCCCACUGCAGGGUGACAGACAGAAGGAGCUAUGGGACACGGAGUCUGUCCCUCCCACUGCAGGGUGACACAGACAGAAGGGCGUUAUGGGACACAAUGUUUAUAUGAUAUUGAUAUUUAAAUAGCAUUUAUUAAGACUAAAAUAUUAUAUGACCCCCUUACCCUCUCUAUAGAUAGCCGUACAGACCCUUGGCUCCUGGUAUACUCCCCAUUACCAGUGAUCCUGCUUUUCACUGUUUACCUCGUGCUUGUGGCCCUGGGACCACGGCUGAUGGAUGGUCGGGAACCCUUCACUCUCAGAUCUGUACUUCUUAUCUAUAACUUGGCGCUGGUGGUGCUCUCUGCAUACAUGUUCUAUGAGGUAGGUACUAAGGUGUAACCUGCUUGUCUUCUAUCUAGCCCUCAGGGUUAUCUUACUGUCCAUCAAACCCUACUCUGGUUUAUACUACUCCCCUCCACCUCUCCUCAGGUCUAUAUUACUCUCCCGUCCAACCCUCCUCUGGUUUAUAUUACUCUCCCGUCCAACCCUCCUCUGGUUUAUAUUACUCUCCCGUCCAACCCUCCUCUGGUAUUUAUUACUCUCCCGUCUAACCCUCAUCUGGUUUAUAUUACUCUCCCAUACAACCCUCCUCUGGUUUAUAUUACUCUCCCGUCCAACCCUCCUCUGGUUUAUAUUACUCUCCCGUCCAACCCUCCUCUGGUUUAUAUUACUCUCCCGUCCAACCCUCCUCUGGUUUAUAUUACUCUCCCGUCCAGCCCUCCUCUGGUUUAUAUUACUCUCCCGUCCAACCCUCCUCUGGUUUAUAUUACUCUCCCGUCCAACCCUCCUCUGGUUUAUAUUACUCUCCCGUCCAACCCUCCUCUGGUUUAUAUUACUCUCCCGUCCAACCCUCCUCUGGUUUAUAUUACUCUCCCGUCCAACCCUCCUCUGGUUUAUAUUACUCUCCCGUCCAGCCCUCCUCUGGUUUAUAUUACUCUCCCGUCCAACCCUCCUCUGGUUUAUAUUACUCUCCCGUCCAGCCCUCCUCUGGUUUAUAUUACUCUCCCGUCCAACCCUCCUCUGGUUUAUAUUACUCUCCCGUCCAACCCUCCUCUGGUUUAUAUUACUCUCCCGUCCAACCCUCCUCUGGUUUAUAUUACUCUCCCGUCCAACCCUCCUCUGGUUUAUAUUACUCUCCCGUCCAACCCUCCUCUGGUUUAUAUUACUCUCCCGUCCAACCCUCCUCUGGUUUAUAUUACUCUCCCGUCCAACCCUCCUCUGGUUUAUAUUACUCUCCCGUCCACCCUCCUCUGGUUUAUAUUACUCUCCCGUCCAACCCUCCUCUGGUUUAUAUUACUCUCCCGUCCACCCUCCUCUGGUUUAUAUUACUCUCCCGUCCAGCCCUCCUCUGGUUUAUAUUACUCUCCCGUCCAGCCCUCCUCUGGUUUAUAUUACUCUCCCGUCCAGCCCUCCUCUGGUUUAUAUUACUCUCCCGUCCAGCCCUCCUCUGGUUUAUAUUACUCUCCCGUCCAACCCUCCUCUGGUUUAUAUUACUCUCCCGUCCAACCCUCCUCUGGUCUAUAUUACUCUCCCGUCCAACCCUCCUCUGGUUUAUAUUACUCUCCCAUCCAACUCUCCUUUGGUUUACACUUACAUUUAUCCUACUCUUACUUUGGUACCUUUUCUAAUUACCAUACCCAUAUUAUCUUCAUUAAGUUCCUUGUGACGUCCGUAUUGGCUGGAUACAGCUAUUUAUGCCAACCUGUGGAUUACAGUAACAGUGAGCUGGGCCUGCGGGUAAGUGAAACCACUUACUACAUUACAAGUCAUACCAGCCUGGUGAUAUCCGUAGUAUGUAUCAAGUCAUACCAGCCUGGUGAUAUCCGCAGUAUGUAUCAAGUCAUACCAGCCUGGUGAUAUCCGUAGUAUGUAUCGUCAUACCAGCCUGGUGAUAUCCGUAGUAUGUAUCAAGUCAUACCAGCCUGGUGAUAUCCGUAGUAUGUAUCAAGUCAUACCAGCUUGGUGAUAUCCAUAGUAUGUAUCGUCAUACCAGCCUGGUGAUAUCCGUAGUGUGUAUCAAGUCAUACCAGCCUGAUGAUACCGGUACUAUGUAUCAAGUCAUGCCAGCCUCGUGAUAUACCUAGUAUGUUUCAAGUUAUACCAGCUUGGUGAUAUCCAUAGUAUGUAUCAAGUUAUACCAGCCUGGUGAUACCCGUAGUAUGUUUUAAGUCAUACAGCCUUUUGAUUUUACAUGGUAUGAUGUAUAAUGAAGUUAUACCAGCCUGACAGUUGGGACACCUUUGGAUUAUACAAGCCAUUAUGUUGGCUAAUGUUGGCCUGUAUUGUUAUGGUUUCCCUGGUUAAUGUAUUGAGGCUGAGGUUUAGGGUGUAAUUUCUGAAAUGUUUAUGCCUCCCAUGGCAGCAUUAUCUAUGUCUCUCUUACAGAUGGCCCGUGUCUGCUGGUGGUUUUUCUUUUCCAAAGUCAUCGAGCUAUUAGACACAGUGAGUACGUCUACUUACAUCUCCCAGAUCUCACUAUCUGCCAGAUUCUCAAACACCAUGAUCUGCCAGAUCUCACUCACUGUGAGGUCUCACUCACUGCUAGAUUAUUAGGCCAUACUUCUGGUUAAAUCCUAUUCUACGACAACCCUCUUAAUUCCAUAUUCUUCCACACACCCUUCCCUCCUAGUUAACCAUGCCAUAAUUCUGUCUAGACCACCAAUACCUAGUUUCACCCAGUCUCUCACAACAUAUGUUUUACUAGAGUCUUCGCAAUCCUUGUUUUAUUUUUCGCUUUUUUUUCCCAGAUAUUUUUCAUAAUGAGAAAGAAGUUUAAUCAGAUCUCCUUCCUUCACGUCUACCACCAUGCAACCAUGAUCUUUAAUUGGUGGGCUGGUGUGAAAUACGUGGCUGGAGGGCAAGGUAAGUAACUCACCUCAGCACAGUUGAGUCGAAUGUUGCCUAGUCGAAUAACUUUUACUAUAACACUGAAAACUCACUUCAGUUGUGUCUCCCAACCAAAGAAGACAGUGGCUAUACCCAAACACCCAACCGGGCAUAGAUCUUUCAGAAAAAAGGUCUUCUGUCUUUGCAAGUCAACAAUAAAUCCUAUGGAGAUUAUGUAUCUAGACCAAACCCAGUCCUCAAGUACCCCCUAUCAGUCCAGGAUUUAGGGAUUACCAUCCCUCAUCUCGCUAAGAGAAUUUUAUUGAUGCAAUUUGGUGAAUUGUCACAUGUACCCAUUUUCUUACUCUGAGAAAGUUUUUAGAAAGCUCUUUGUGAAGUCCUUUUAGAUAAAUGGUGAAGUACAGUAUUUGUAUACUGGGCACUGAUGCACUAACAUUCACCAUAUUUACUCUGCAGCCUUUUUUAUUGGCAUGUUAAACUCGUUCGUUCACAUCUUCAUGUAUCUGUAUUACGCACUCGCUGUGCUUGGACCAACCGUGCAGAAGUAUCUUUGGUGGAAACGCUACCUUACAUUGCUGCAGCUGGUAAGUCUGGUGUAAAAUUGUCAAAUCCAUUGCACUAGGUGAUAUUAAAUAAUGACCUUUAGCAUGACAAUAUGUGUCACUCUACUGUGACAUAUGGUGACAUUGCACAUAAUGGUAUGGUCCUCCAUUCACAGUGAAUCCCGGUAUAUUCAGGUUUUUGCAGAAAAUAUAGGUGAUUUGGCCUGUGAACCUCUGAAUGAAUAGCUUCUUGUUCCUACAGACCCAGUUUGGAGCAAUCGCUCUUCAUUCCGGCUACAAUCUUGUGACCGAUUGCCCCUUCCCAGAUGGCUUCAAUGGGGCUGUGUUUGCAUACAUCGUGACCCUCAUUAUUCUCUUCCUGAACUUCUACUACCAAACUUACCUGCGCAGGACACAAAGAAAGAAACUGUGAGGAGCCACCAAGGUCCUGGAGAGCAAGGACCUCUCAGAACACAUUGUUAAGAGCAAGAUAACUUUGUACUGAGCGCAAGGGUCAUGAAAGCAGGUUUAUUUACCAUGAUAGCAACAUGGAGAGACUCGAGCUUCCUACAGCUUGUGCUGGUGAUGAUAUAAUGUGUGGGGACUUCAUAUAUAUCGCAACACACUGUGAACUAGAAAACCUCAUGUCAUGCUGUUUUGGAAGUCUUUAACCCCUUAAGGACUGGACUGUUUUUGCGAUGUUGUACAUUUGCGACCAGGCAUAUUUUUACACUUUUGUGGUGUUUGUGCUUGGCUGGAAUUUUCCGCUCUCUCAUUUACUUUUCCCAUACAAAUUAUCUUUGUUUUUUUCAGGACAAAAGGGGCUUUCUUUACAUACCAUUAGUUAUAUAAUCUCAUGUAUUUUAAUUUAAAAAAAAUAAAAAAAUAUGAUGAAAAGUUGAAAAAAAA